AAAGUGAAAUUAAGUGUCGGGAUUUUAAAAGCAGCGUCGCUAUUUUAUCAAGAAACAUUUUAUCAAGAUUCUGGAAUAAUGUAAAGAUAUUCUAUGUUUCAAGAGGCCCCAGCAGGAAUCAUCUGGUUCCGCAUGGAUCAGCAUAGAAAUGGAUGGAUCUGCUUCUGAAAUGCGCCACCCUGUGGAGUGUAACAGAAAGAGCCCUGAGAGUGUCCUGAUGGUGAGAGCAGACUCCCCUGUACCCAGCUGUGUUUCCAUGAAGAGUGACUGGUCAAUGGAGCAACCACUCCACUUCAGAGAGGGACCUUUUCCUACAGAUCAAAGUGUCCUGAUGGUGAGAGCAGACUCCCCUGUACCCAGCUGUGUUUCCAUGAAGAGUGACUGGUCAAUGGAGCAACCACUCCACUUCAGAGAGGGACCUUUUCCUACAGAUCAAAGAGACCAAAUGGAAGAAUGCAGUUCAGAUCGACAUGAUAAAUCGGGUUUAUCAUCGAUAUUGAAGUCACUAGAGGAAAAAGUCAUGAAGUUCCUAAAGGACGAGCUGAAGACAUUUGUGAGGUACCUAGAUCAGAAUUACCCAGAUUGCUCUGAGCCUCAGCUGGAGGAGGACAAUGACCUGGACUGUGAUGGUCAGAUGGAGAAGACCAGUGUUAGAGAGGUAGCUCUGAAGAUCACACUGUACAUCCUGAGGACCAUGAAGCAAAAUGAUCUUGCUGACAUGCUGGAGAAGAGACAGCUCAUGCUGCAACAGGAAAUCAAAUGUAAACUUAAGAAGCAAUUUGAGUAUGUAUUUGAAGGGAAAGCUAAGGAAGGACAGCCAACACUUCUCAGUGAGAUUUACACAGAACUCUACAUAACUGAAGGUGGGACUGGAGCAGUCAAUGAUGAACAUGAAGUGAGACAGAUUGAAACAGCAUCCAAGAAAAGGCGAACAGAAGAUACUACAGUCAAGUGCAAUGAUAUAUUUAAACCCUUAUGUGGGCGUGAGACACCUAUCAGAACUGUACUCACUAAAGGGGUGGCAGGUAUCGGGAAAACAGUCUCUGUGCAGAAAUUUAUUCUCGACUGGGCAGAAGGAAAAGCAAACCAGGAUGUUCACUUCAUAUUUGCUCUUCCUUUCCGGGACCUGAAUUUGAUUAAGGGUGAAUACAGACUGAUUGAACUGCUUCACCACUUUGUCCCAGAACUGAAAUCAUUUGAACCCACUGAGCUGUUUAGGUAUAAAGUCUUGUUCAUCUUUGAUGGUCUGGAUGAGUGUCGCCUUCCUCUGGAUUUUCGGAACAAUGAGAGCUGGUUUGAUGUAACAAAGAAAACGUCACUGGAUGUGCUGUUGACUAACCUCAUUAAGGGGAAUCUGCUCCCAUCCGCUCUUCUCUGGAUAACCUCCCGGCCAGCAGCAGCCAAUCAGAUACCUGCUAAGUGUGUCCACCAGGUGACAGAGAUACGAGGGUUUAGUGAUGCCCAGAAGGAGGAGUAUUUCAAGAAGAGAUUUAAUGAUCAGAGCCUGGCCAGCAGGAUUAUCACACAUGUGAAAUCAUCAAGGAGCCUCUUCAUCAUGUGUCACAUACCUGUGUUCUGCUGGAUUUCAGCCACUGUGCUUAAGAGGCUUUUUAGUGAGACUGACAGGGGAGAAAUUCCAAAGACUCUGACUGAAAUGUACACACACUUCCUGAUCUUUCAGACAAGUUUAAAAAAUGACAAGUAUAUGAAAAACCAUGAAACUAAGCUUAAGGAAUACAGCAAGGAAUUCCUUUUGAAACUUGGUGAACUUGCUUUUGACAACCUUGAGAAAGGCAAACUCAUAUUUUAUGAGCAAGAUCUGUCAGAGAACGACAUUGAUGUUGCUGAAACUUCAGUUUACUCUGGAGUGUGCACAGAAGUCUUUAAAGAGGAGUAUGGGUUGUACCAGGAGAAGGUGUACUGCUUUGUGCAUCUGAGCAUCCAGGAGUAUCUCGCUGCUUUAUAUGUGUUUCUGUCAAACUCAUCAGCUGACCUGCUGAAGACUGCAGUGGAUCAGGCAUUAGAGAGCAAGAAUGGACACUUGGACCUCUACCUCCGCUUCCUCCUGGGCCUCUCAACAGACUCCAGUAAGACUCUGUUACAAAGGCUACUGGGGCCAACAGAAACCAGCUCACAUAACAUUAAGGAAACAGCCCAAUACAUCAAGGACAAAAUACAGGAGAAUUUAUCUUCAGAAAGGACCAUCAACCUGUUCCACUGUUUGACUGAACUGGGUGACAAUUCUCUAGUAGAGGAAGUACAAAGAUACCUGAAUUCAGGAAACAUUUCAGCAGAUGACCUCUCACCUGCACAGUACUCAGCUCUGGCCUUUGUGAUGCUGAUGUCAGAUGAGGAGCUGGAUGUGUUUGAUCUGAAGAAAUACAUCAGAUCAGAUGAAGAGCACUGCAGGCUGCUGCCUGUGGUCAAGAACUCCAGGACGGCUCUGCUGAACAGCUGUGAUCUCAUAGAUAAACACUGUGAAGUGCUGUCUUCAGCUCUAAGAUCAAACUCUUCCCGCCUGAGAGAGCUGGACCUGAGUGACAAUAACCUGAAGGAUUCAGGAGUGAAGCUGCUCUCUGCUGCACUGGAGGAUUUACACUGUAAACUGGAGAUACUGAGGCUGUCAGGCUGUAGAGUCACAGAAGAAGGCUGUUCUUCCCUGGCUUCAGCUCUGAGGUUAAACCCCUCACACCUGAGAGAGCUGGACCUGAGCUACAAUCACCCAAGAGACUCAGGAGUGAAGCUGCUCUCUGCUGUACUGGAGGAUCCCAGCUGUAAACUGGAGAAGCUGCAGGUUGGCUGGUGUGAACUCACAGAGAAAUGCUGUGAGGCACUGGCUUCAGCUCUCAGAUCAAACUCCUCACCCCUGAGAGAGCUGGACCUGAGUGACAAUGACCUGCAGGACUCAGGAGUGAAGCUGCUCUCUGCUGGACUGGGGGAUUCACACUGUAAACUGGAGAUACUGAGGUCAGUAUUACUGGGUAUUCCACACUGUAAACUGGGGGUAGCGAGGUAAGUAUUACUGGGUCACACUGUAUGCUGGAGAUACUAAGGUAGAAAAUAACUAGUGAUUUCAAAAUAAAGCAGGAGUAUCAAAGUCUACAGGUUGACUUAAAAAAUAACAUUAGACUCACUGAGUGGAAUGUCGAAAGGAAGAUUGCAUUGGAGGCUAAGGAUGACAUUAAAAGUUUCUUCCAAUAUUUUAACUCCAAAAGAGCUCUAAAAGCUGAAAUCACUCAUCUGCAGGAUAGU